AAAAGCUAGGAUCAAAAAGGAAAUAGCCCGGAUUUUCUACAAAUUGAAGACAAAUUGUUAGUGGGCACUUCGAUUUUUCCGCAGCCGCUGCAGUCGCAGUGUGAACGCGUCGGCGAGUGCGGGCACACUAGUCAUUCACAACCAAAUUCAUCGGAUCAUUGGCAGAAACGCAAGAAGAAGAGCGAGCAAUCACCUGCGAAAAAGAAAUAAAUUGGGGAGAAAUGUUAAAGACUUUCUAGUGCGGCUGUUAGGGGUGCGUUUGAAAUGAUUCCUGGCGACCAGUAGAAGCAUUUAGUGACCACGCAAGUCAUCCCCCUUCCCCGCUGCGACGAUUGAGCCGCUGGACAAAGGCCAGCGCCAGCCUACAACAACACCUCAGAGACGGCCACAGCCAAUUGGCACCCACACAAACACAUACACGCACACACUGCGUAGAAGACAACAACAACUGGGAAACGGAGGCCUUCAACUGCUGGAAAAAUGGAAGCGGACGGACUAACCAACGAACAGACGGAGAAGGUGCUCCAGUUCCAGGACCUAACCGGCAUCGAGGACAUGAACGUGUGCCGCGACGUCCUGAUCAGACACCAAUGGGAUCUCGAGGUGGCCUUCCAGGAGCAGCUGAAUAUCCGCGAGGGUCGCCCUACCAUGUUCGCCGCCUCCACGGAUGUGCGAGCGCCCGCUGUGAUCAACGACCGCUUCCUGCAGCAAGUGUUCUCCGCCAACAUGCCAGGCGGAAGAACAGUCAGCCGGGUGCCCAGUGGCCCAAUACCCCGCAGCUUCACCGGAAUCCUUGGCUAUGUGAUUAACUUCGUGUUCCAGUACUUCUACUCCACGCUGACGAGCAUCGUCAGUGCGUUUGUGAACCUGGGCGGCGGAAACGAAGCUCGCUUGGUGACAGAUCCGCUGGGCGAUGUGAUGAAGUUCAUCAGAGAAUACUACGAAAGGUAUCCUGAGCACCCAGUCUUCUACCAGGGCACCUAUGCCCAGGCCCUGAACGAUGCCAAGCAGGAGCUGCGUUUCCUGAUCGUCUACCUGCACAAGGAUCCCGCCAAGAAUCCCGAUGUGGACUCUUUCUGCCGCAACACACUCUCGUCGAGAUCGGUCAUUGACUAUAUCAACACACACACCCUGCUGUGGGGCUGCGAUGUGGCUACGCCAGAGGGCUACCGGGUGAUGCAGUCGAUCACGGUUCGCAGCUACCCGCUGAUGGUUAUGAUCAGCCUACGUGCGAAUCGCAUGAUGAUCGUUGGGCGCUUUGAGGGCGACUGCACGCCCGAGGAACUGCUCCGUCGCCUUCAGUCGGUGACGUCUGCCAACGAGGUGUGGCUGAGUCAAGCGCGUGCGGAUCGCUUGGAACGUAAUUUUACCCAGACCUUAAGAAGACAGCAGGAUGAGGCCUACGAGCAGAGUUUGCUGGCAGACGAGGAGAAGGAGCGUCAGCGGCAAAGGGAGCGGGAUGCCGCACGACAGGCUGAGGAAGCCGUGGAGCGGGCUCGUCGCGAUGUGGAGCUGCGCAAGGAGGAGAUUGCCCGACAAAAGAUUAAACUGGCCACCCAGGUCCCAUCGGAACCGGCUGUGGGUGCAGUCGGUUCCAUUGCAGUUGUCUUCAAGCUGCCCAGUGGAACACGCCUCGAGCGGCGUUUUAACCAAACGGAUUCGGUGCUGGACGUAUAUCACUAUCUAUUUUGCCAUCCCGAUUCACCGGAUGAGUUUGAGAUCACAACGAAUUUCCCGAAGCGGGUGCUUUUCUCGAAGGCGGACGUGGAUGCCGCCGGAGGAGCAGACACAGCCAAUCAGACGCUGAACAAGAGCCUCCAGGACGUGGGACUGAAGAACCGCGAGGUGCUGUUCGUAAACGACCUGGAAGCGUAACCAAGCCACCACCUACAAAUGAGAGCAUCAUCGUGUUACCAGCUGCAACGCAUUACCAAAACUUGAACCAAGUUUUAAGUAGUCAACGUCCAAGUCGGAGGAUAAGCAGAGAAACUAUUCCUAAUUUAACCAUGAAUAUUAAUAUAAAUAAUUGUUUAACAAUGUUUAGGUCGAUUCUCUUGUAAUCUAUGCUCCACUACCACCACCCACCCGUUCCUCCCUCAAACAUUCACACAUAAGUAAAAGUCUUUCCCAGAAUAAUUUCCGUAAGCCACAUUUUUAGUUUCCCCACACUUAAGGUUUUUGUUAUGUUUAGCUGUACUUAUACUUCCGUCUAUUGAACCAAAAUAGAGCCAGAGUCGUGUUAUUUGACGAAGAGUUUGAAUUUAAUCUGAAUGUGGUCGAAUUGAAUAAAUUGAAGUUAUAAAUAAUCA